CGUCACCACGCUGGAGACGUAGGAAUCAUGGCGGCCCUAUGGUAUAAAGCAAGGCAUUUCUUUGGCUUUAAGUUUUUUUCAUAAAACAUCGAAGAUGACUAUGGAGCUCCCCCUUGAGAUCAAGAAAGAGAUGGAGGUAGAAAAUGAGAGUGCUGAUGUUGAAAAGAAUGAGAAUACUGAACUGACAGAAAGUACCACAGGUAAAAAUGAACGAGAAGUGCUAGUGGCCAUUCAUGAACAAGCGCAAGCUCCGCCUCCACAGGCCGCAGAAGAUCACUGUGAAGCUCCACAGAUAGUACAGGAAAAACAUGAAAACGUUCUUAACCUUAACAAUGAGGUGGUCAAGAUGAGGAAGGAGGUGAAGAGGGUGCGUGCUCUGAUUAUUAGGAAGAUGACACGGCAGAUUGGUGCCCUGAAGAAAAAAAAAGGCAAAGAUGUUGAUAUUGAGCGAAAUCAGAGGAGGGCGGCCAGACUGCUUGAAGAAAUUCAUGCCAUCAAGUCCCUUGUCCCAGAUUUGGUCACCAAGAUGGCAUUGCAGAAGAAACUCAACUUCGAACAAGUGUGUAAAGACUCCAAAUCUAGCAUUUCAGAUCGGGCAUUAGCACGAAUUGCUACCCACCCACAGUUCAACAAAAAGAUUGAAGAAAUCAAAGCUGCUGUGAAAACUUUCAAGGAGGAGAGGUCAAAAGAAGGAAAGCCUGGUGGAAAGAUGCAGAAAAAAGCUGACAAGACCAAAAAGCAGUCACCAUCUCCCAAUUCAGAAAAAGAGUCAGAUGUAGAGGUGAAUAAAACUGGGACAUCAAUUACAAGUAAAAUAGACAUUGUGGAAGUGUGCUAUGAGGGACCUUGUCAUAGUUUUCCUGAAGGGCAAGUAGAGCUAAAAUUUCACCAGACAGAAACCCAAACUGCGAAUACAAAUAAGAAAGAAAGCCCUGUAAAAGAUAUUGUGAAGUCCAAACGGCUAAACAAGUGUGAGAAAAAUAUAAAUACUGCUAAAAUGUUAGAAGUACCUCCUAAACCAAGCAUGGAGGCAAUGGAGGCAGAGAGUGAUCUAGAAUUGUCAGACAGUGAAAAAGAGUACUUUGACGACAGUACAGAAGAGCGUUUUCACAAGCAGUCCUCAGGUGAGUCCGAGGAGAGUGACAAUGAUUUCUUUGUGGGAAAAGUGAACAAAUUUAAGAAGAAGAAGAAAACAAAAGUGGCUGAGGAUAAGACUAUUGAAAAUACCCUUGAGAACAAAUCAAAUAACCUUCAAACUAAUAAAGUCCAGAGUGAACUUGAUGAGCUUGAGUCCAGAUUGAAAUCUAAAUCCAACUCUCUAAAGUCAGUUUUUUGUCCCUCCCUGGCUCGAUCAAAGACCAGUAAAGGUGCAGGAAAAGUAGCCAGAAAAUUUGGGGGGCAAGACAAAUGUAAAGAUGGUGUUGGCAGAAAUAAAGAUUUCAGUAAAGACACCAAUUUCCAAAAACAGUUUAAAGGGAAACAUUCAGAUGGAGAGAAAGCUUUUGGUAAAGAGCAGAAAAAAUUUGGAGGGAGGGGACAGGCUAAAGAGCAUAUAAGACCAAAAGAUACAAGAGGAGGAAAUAUGUUUCCCCAUCAAGCAUCACAGCAACCAUUGCACCCAUCAUGGGAGGCUAGUAAGAAAAGGAAGGAGCAACAAGGACAAAUACUUGCCUUCCAAGGGAAGAAGAUUAAAUUUGAUGAUGAUGACUAAAAUAUUUUACAAGUCUAGUGUUAAAUAGUGUUGUAUAUGAUAUACAAUGACAUUGUUUAUUCUGUACUUUUGUUAAUUUUGUGUUUCAAAUAAUUGUAUCUUUAAACUGUGAGAUAUUGGCAAUAAAUUGAUUUUUUUUUUUAAAUCUAAAAAUGGAAUCUAAAAGCCAUGAGUUGAAUGGGAUAUUAAGUAAGUCAAUCACUUAGGUUCCACCAGAUUACUGCCACAACUGCCACUAGAUUUUUGUAUUUAAAAAAAAGAAAAGUCAUUCAAAUAUAAAAUGUAUUUGGUUUUCAAGUCAUGACUGGAAAAGACUAUACAAAAGUGGAUUAAACAAUAUGAAACAUGCUGUUGUGUCAACAAUAUUUGACAUAAAGUCUGAAAAAAACAACUCUUUACUAUAUGUACAUUAGAUAUGCACAUUAUUGCCAUUGUUCUGUUGAUUUUACCUUUUUAUCCCAUUAUGUUCAGUGUUUUGUGUUUUCAUUUUUUUUCCCAUAAAUGUGCUCUGAUAUUAAAGCACUCUUUUUACACCGUGAA